AUUGGGCUGUGCAGCCGGUCAGGCCCCGCCUGGCCCUGCGACCCCGGAGCUUCCAGGUCAGGUCGCAGCACCAUCGCCGGGCCCUGAGGAGCGAGUGGGCGGACAUGGCUGUAGCAGUCUCUGACCUCCCUCUUGUACAACGUGUGAACCCCUAGUCAUUGAACCAGAGACCCACGCUUCACUCUGGGCAGGCCAAUCUCAGGAAUCAAGCUAAACAUAAAGAAGAUCCAGAAACUUUGGAGAGUGUGUCAUGGAGUGCAAGAUUGAGGGAAAAGAAAAAUACCAGCAUAGCUUGAACUUACUGAAUAAAAUUAAGAAAAUGAGAGAAUUAACAGAAAUGAUUGAUGUAGUGCUCAUAGCUGAAGAGGAGAAAUUCCCUUGCCACAGACUGGUCCUGGCUGCAUUUAGUCCUUAUUUCAAAGCUAUGUUCACCUGUGGACUGCUUGAAUGUACUCAGAGGGAAGUCGUACUCUAUGACAUCACAGCGGAGAGUGUGUCGGUGAUAUUAAAUUACAUGUACAACGCAGCUCUGGAGAUCAACAAUGCUAAUGUGCAGACUGUGGCUAUGGCUGCCUAUUUUAUGCAAAUGGAAGAGGUCUUUAGUGUGUGUCAGAAAUACAUGAUGGACCACAUGGAUGCCUCCAACUGUGUAGGAAUCUAUUAUUUUGCAAAGCAGAUUGGAGCUGAGGAUUUAGCCGAUCAAUCAAAGAAGUAUUUAUAUCAGCACUUUGCUGAAGUGAGCUUACAUGAAGAAAUACUCGAUGUGGAAGUGCACCAAUUUCUGACACUUAUUAGAUCAGAUGAUCUUAACAUAUCCAGAGAGGAGAGCAUUCUGGACUUGGUCCUGAGAUGGGUAAAUCAUAACCAAGAAUUACGCACAGAGCAUCUCGUUGAGCUUUUGAAGCAAGUCAGAUUGGAGCUUAUAAAUCCUUCUUUUUUAAGACAGGCCCUCAAAAGGAAUACAAUGCUGCUGUGUGAUGCGGGCUGCAUUGACAUCAUUCAGAAUGCAUUCAAAGCCAUCAAGACACCCCAGCAGCACUCUCUGAAUCUUCGCUAUGGUAUGGAGACCACCAGUCUUUUGCUCUGCAUUGGCAACAACUCUUCAGGAAUCAGGUCAAGACACAGAAACUAUGGGGAUGCAAGUUUUUGUUAUGAUCCUGCUUCACGGAAGACCUAUUUCAUCUCAUCUCCCAAGUAUGGGGAGGGUUUAGGGACUGUGUGUACUGGAGUCGUCAUGGAAAAUAACACUAUCGUUGUGGCUGGGGAAGCGAGUGCCUCCAGACUUUCUAGACAAAAGAACAAGAAUGUCGAAAUUUAUAGGUAUCAUGAUAGAGGAAACCAGUUUUGGGAAAAGUUAUGCACAACUGAAUUUCGGGAGCUCUAUGCUCUGGGCAGUGUCCAUAAUGACCUCUAUGUUGUAGGAGGACAGAUGAAAAUUAAAAACCAGUACCUUGUUACAAACUGUGUUGAUAAGUACUCUGUAGAAGGAGACAACUGGAAAAGGGUGUCUCCUCUUCCACUACAGUUGGCUUGUCAUGCUGUAGUGACAGUGAAAAAUAAACUUUAUGUGAUCGGAGGCUGGACCCCUCAGAUGGAUCUUCCUGAUGAAGAACCUGAUCGAUUAAGCAACAAACUGUUGCAAUAUGACCCCAGCCAAGAUCAAUGGCGAGAGCGAGCGCCCAUGCAGUACUCUAAGUACCGAUUCAGCACAGCCGUAGUCAACAGUGAGAUUUAUGUUCUGGGUGGAAUUGGCUGUGUAGGGCGAGACAGAGGCCAGGUUCGGAAAUGCCUCGAUGUGGUGGAGAUCUACAAUCUGGAUGGGGACUUCUGGCGAGAGGGCCCACCUUUGCCAAGUCCCCUUCUCUCUCUCCGAACCAAUUCCACCAACGCAGGGACAGUGGAUGGGAAGCUAUAUGUCUGCGGGGGAUUCCACGGAGCAGAUCGCCAUGAGGUUAUCUCCAAAGAAAUCCUGGAGCUGGACCCUUGGGAAAACCAGUGGAAUGUUGUCGCCGUCAAUGUCCUCAUGCAUGACAGCUAUGACAUCUGCCUGGUGGCCAGGAUGAACCCCCGAGACCUCAUCCCCCCACCCUCGGACCUGGUGGAGGAUGGCAGGGACCACUGAGGCCUGAGAGGCUGUGGGCCUUCGGAGUGGAGCGACCCUGCCUUGGCUGUCACAGUCCCAGGACAUGGCUGCCGCUGUUGUGCAUGUGUGUUGCAUGCGUGGCGGGCCUGGGAGAGCGCUGUGCUGUGCUAGGAGGGAGGAUGCAGGGGUUCCCUUGGACAGGACAUUAGGAGGCCGGAGGUGGUAGCACCCAGGGAGGAGCACGGGGCGGGGGCCACAGAGUACAGGGAUGGAAGGAUCUCCCUGUCCUGGGGACUCAGAACAGAGGGUGCCAUCCUCAAAGGGCCCAAGGAGGAAGCCAUGCACGUGUGUGACACCCCAGCCCACCACACUGCCUGGGCACAGGGUAUGCUACCAAGACCAGAAAAAAGUAGUUGUAGCUAAAUGACCACACCUGCAAGGAUGUGGGCCUUGAGCAGAGAAUUCUCUCAAAAUAGUGACAGCAAAGGAAGGCUUCCCUCUGCCAGGGCUUCCAUCUUAGCUGUGCUGCCGCUCACCAUCAGAAUAGCCCCCUGCUACAGCCCUGUCCCUGGCAUGUGUCCACGCCCCAUGGCAGGCACCACGAGCAGACAAUUCCUCCCAGGAUGGGGACAGCAGUUCUGCGGCCCUCAGCCCCAGGCCUGCCACCAUAUGUCGGACCAGACUUCCGCAGGCUGCCCCUGCCCAGCCCUGAAGGCCACAGGCCGGACCCAUCCACCUCAGGAACAGGCGCCGGGGGGGGGGGGAGGCAGCCACACCCCAGCUGCCUGCUGCCCUCUGCGCCCAGCCCCUGAAUCUGUCCCCUGUGUCUCAGGGUGAGCACAGCAAGUCAGUCACCAAGUGUAGUUUAGGGGUAACAUUGAAACGCCACGCGGGGAUCCCUCUACCUUACUCCACCCAUCCCUCCCAGAGCACAGGGUGCCAUGUGGGUGGCUGUUCUAGUUCCAGAGGCCCAGCGUAGGUGGUCCCCCAAGUCCCGGGGGUGGAGCUCUGGUGGCCAGAAUGGGGCAGUGUUUUGAGGCCACGGGGCUCCGUCCUACGCCUAGGGUGCUGAGUUAGGAUGAGCGGCUCUGCUUCCUCAUGGAGUCAGCCUUGGCUGAGGACAGGCCCCAAGGGCCUCUGCCUCUCCACCAAUGUGAGCCUGUGGAGCUGCCCAUCCCCAGCUAAGGGGCCCUGGCCUGUGUCUCUUGGUGCCUCUGUGUGCACUGGAUUCAAGAUUGGCCCCAGAUCUGCUACUUACUCAGCCAUGUGGGCCCUGCUGGGCAAGAUGACCCUUCCCAAGUCUGAUGUCCCGGGCAGAAGGGAAGGAAAGAACUCAGUCCUUGAGAGCUGGUGUGGAGUGCUGAGAAAAUGCCCCUUAGGUGCUAAAUAAACAUGCUUUGCCUGCCACUGUUGUUAUCAUCACUGUCUUCCGAGUUUCCCAAAACAAUGCUCACAAAACCGGACCCAGGGCUCUGGGGACCCCUGGACUUCAGGCUCAGACAAGCAGGGUUAGCUCACCUGCUUGGCUUCUCCCAGGGCUCAGAAGAAAUGUUUCCUCGGAGCUUCGGCCCUGAUGCCUUAAGUGGACACCCUAGGGGCCCUGAGGCCUGAGGGUGAGCCCGCCUGUCAUCCACAGUGAGGGGCUUGACCGACUCUGUCACUGUCCCCUGUGAAGUCUCCUCCGCAGUGGCAGAACCGAUCUUCCCACCUGACGGGGAGGCCAGACGCCGUCUGCCCAGAGCCAAGACAGCUUGUGUCCCAAGCCCUGAAGGACAGGCAGGCGCCCAGAGGCAGGGCUUCCCAAACCUGUUCCCAAAGAGCGGCUUUCCAGAUUUAAUUUUGCUUUCUGACCUUAAUUUUUCUUUAAUUCAAUGUAAUAAAUUGCUUCUUGUUCCAAUAGUUGUCAAUCUUCAUGUUUAUAAUCAAACACCACAGCUGCUGCCUCCUCCUUCGGGCAGAUUUGGGCCCCUUCCCUCUGGCUGUCCUCACUGUGACUGAGGCUCCGAGGACUGGCUGCUUCCUGUCCCUGAGACACCUGCAAACAGAACCUGGAAGGAGUUGGCUGGGAGCUGAUCAACUACCAUGGCACCGACAUCCCCAGCUCAGUGCGUGUUUCGACAGCAGCACUGUUUUCAGAUUGAC